UCCCGAAUGCGGGUGGGGAAAACACGUUCAGGUCAGGCUGCUCAGAGUUGACGCUUUUUUUUACAGGUGUCCACGUCUGAGUGCUGCACUGUGCUGUUUUUGACAGCGCAUAAAGUGAUAAAAGACCAACAGCUCGCUCUCUACCAGAAUGUCCUUGCUGGACUCGGACGACAGCUACGAUUUGGUCUUCAAAAUAGUUUUAGUCGGGGAUGUCGGAGUGGGUAAAACCUGCGUGGUUCAGCGCUUUAAGACUGGCACCUUCAUCGAGAGGCAAGGCAACACGAUCGGAGUGGAUUUCACCAUGAAGACGAUGGAAAUACAAGGCAAGAGAGUCAAGCUGCAGAUCUGGGACACGGCAGGACAGGAGAGGUUCCGGACCAUCACCCAGAGCUACUACCGCAGCACCAAUGGCGCCAUCAUCACCUACGACAUCACCAAGAGGUCCUCUUUCAUGUCGGUGCCUAAAUGGAUGGAGGAUGUGAAGAAAUAUGGUGGCUCCAACAUCGUCCCCCUUCUAAUAGGUAAUAAAACGGACUUGACUGACCUGCGUGAGGUUUCCUUCGAGGAUGCGCAGACGAUGGCUCAGCAGUUGGACUUUAUUAGUGUCAUUGAAACUUCUGCCAAGGACUCCAGCAACGUGGAUGAAGCAUUUAACAAGAUGACGGCCGAACUGAUCCUGAGACACGGCGGGCCCAUGUUCCACGAUAACGUGACGGACAGCUUUAAACUGAACAGCAAAGACGUGACCAAUGAGGGCUGGGGCUGCGGGUGUUGAUGUCGAAGUUUUGGUUUCCGGCUGGUUGUGUUGUUAUUAGCAUUCCUAGCAAUAUUCACUUAAAUCUGAACACAGGGUUCUAGUCGUGUGAACCAUUGCUCAGUCAACGAUGACUGAAAUCAUUUAAUCAAGAGUUUUUUCAGGGACCAGUGGAUAUAUCAUAUCAGGCUCAGAAGCGGCCGCGUUUUUAGAAAGAUGAAUAGACGGGAAGGGUUCAGAGUACACAGAGGAACCGGGUAGUUUGUGGUUGGUUUUGAUGGGAACAUUGAAGUUCCUACUGUGAUUAUAAUGAGCGGAUUGAUAUGGCUAAUUCUCAUCAAUUCAUAAUCUGUGAGAUAGUUUAAAAUAAGCUAGCUUCAUUCACCUGCCAUAGCUUAAUCUCCUUAAAUUACAAUCAGUUCAUUCCGCUUGCUAAUUCAAGUACCAUUCAGACAGGAUUCAUUUUACAUGUGGAGGUGAGGUGAUGGGACCAGUGUUUCUCAGUGAUUUUAGUCCCCUCCAAAUCUGCCAUGUCCGUCAUUUUUAUUGACUGCACACUCCCAGUCAGUAAAGAUAUAUUAAUCCCAGCUACAAAACGAACUGUAGAAGUAAUCCCAGGUUAUAUUAAUCCCGUGUUAUAAAACAAACUGUACAAAUAUCCCCAGGUUUUAAUUUCCUGCUAUAAAACAGGAAGAAUAAGAAAUAAUCCCAGGUUAUAUUAUAUUAAGAAAUAAUCCCAGGUUACAUUAAUCCCCUGCUAUAAAAAAAAAAACAUAGAAAUACCCCCAGGUUAUAUUAAUCCUGUGCUAUAAAACAAUCUGUAGAAAUAAUCCCAGGUUAUAUUAAUCUCAUGCUAUUAAACAAACUGUAGAAAUAACCCCAGGUUAUGUCAAUCCCCCGCUAUAAAACGAGAAGAAGAAAUAAUCCCUGGUUAUAUUAAUCCCGUACUACUAAGUAGUCUCUAGAAAUAACUCCAGGUUACCCUAAUCCUGUGCUGUAAAAAAACAACAGAAAUUAAAUUACCUCAGGUUAUAUUAAUCCAGUGCUAAAAAACAAACUAAAAAAUAUUAUCCCUGUUAUGCUAAUCCUAUGCUAUAAAACAACCUAUAAAAAUAACCCUGGAUUAUAUUAAUACCGUGCUAUGAAACAAACUGUAGAAAUAACCCCAGGUUAUUUUAAUCCUGUCCUAUAAACAAACAGUAGAAAUUUCUCAGGUUAUAUUCAUCUCGCCUUAUAAAAUGACCCUUAGAAGUAAUCCCAGAUUAUAUAAAUCCUGUGUGAAUGGUUCAUAAACGUUACAGACACCCUUUAGUAAAAUGACAUGAUCCCACCACCCCAUAUAUAACUGAUCCUGUCUGAAAAGGGUGAAAUGGGUGAAUUAAUGUGACAAUAUACAAGUGUUUCUCACAUGCCAGUGUUUACUCCAGGUGAUGCAUAUGCAACAGAUGUUUUGUAGUAAUGCUGUAAUACAUUAUUGUAAUACUGUAUCUGUUGCUGAGAGACACUAAUUACACUUCAUAUUAUUGCACAGCUGCAUUACGACUUCAGCAAGCGUCCUAGUGUUCAACUGGAAACCUGUAUCCGUUAAAAUCAGUGCUCUGGAAUUAGGAUGAACAUUUCCAAGUGAAUACAAUGAAGAAUAUAUGAUGAACAGAACUGACCCUCAUCUCAUGACCAUCCCCUCAACUGAAAGAACCUUCAGUUAUGCACGUUACGUGAAUUCAGGAUCCUGUCAACUUAUAGAAAGACAAAUAGGAAUUCUAGGAAGUGUCUAGGAGGGGUCAUCACGACUUAAUCAAGGGAAAGAGAUGGAUAAGCAUCUUAAAGGGGAGUUCCACCAAUGUUUUUUUCAAUAUUUCUGCAUAAUUAAAUAGUCAAGAUAUAAACAGCCACAACGGUGGUGAUAGGAACCAGGCGUCCAAAGCACUUAAUGCCCCUAAAACGCACUUUACAGGAAGUUAUUACACUAAAUAACUAAGUAAAUAGUAAGUGAAUAAAUAAAAUUAGAAAAUAAAUCAGUAAAGAAAAUUACUUUAUUUGUCUCCAAGUUUCUCUACAGUGAACCAUUUCACACCAAACCACUUUGAAUGGCUGUUUACACCUCAAUCAAUGAAUUAUGCAGAAAUUUUGAAGAAAGGGGGAAUUCCCCUUUAAACGAGACUGAUUUUACUCUUUACUGCCAUAAUGAAGUCUUCUUGUAUUCCUGAAUGUAAGCUCAUAAGAAUGUUCAUGCGUAAUAACUCAUGAACUCUAAAUUCUUGAAAACAUUUCCAAUCAUAUUUUGUAAUAAUUUUAUUUUAUUUCAAUUUCAGUGGCUGUUGUAUAUUUUAUUUACAUUAUGUAAGGUUUUUUUUUUUUAGUUAAAUAACUAAAAUAAUUUUAUUAAAAUCUCAUGCAGCUUUUUUUUUACAGCUGCAUUAGCAAGUCAAAAUGUCUUUGCAUCUCAAGCCAGUUGUAGCCACAUAUUUUUACUGUUUAUAUUCUGUUUACUUUUAGAUGAAGGUUAGAUGUUUUGUUUUGUUUUUUUUUCAGUAACUGAAGUACACAUUUUGUUUUUUUGUAGUAAAUAGAAAUAAAUUAGUAAUUUUUACUCUACAUGUAAAGGAAAGUGAUACUACAUUUUUGAGAAGCCACUUUUACUAGUUUUUUUAGAUUUAUGGAUUUUUUUUACUUUGCUGUACAAUUUGUACUUAAGUAUAUUGGAGGAUUGAGACAUUAUGUAGGAUUAAGAGAUGUUUUUAUUUACUUGAAAGUGAAUUGUAAUGGAAUCUUCCAGAGUGGAUGUCUUUAGUGCCUUUUAAUACAGUGUUUAUACUGUUAGAAUUAUGAAUUUGUAGUGUUUUUCUAGGGACAACAAAAAAAAAAAUCUAACUUUGAAUUUUAUCUUGAUAUUUUAUUAAUCAAUGACAUUUUCUUCUCUAAUGACAUUUUUAAUCUAUGUAUGCAGCAUAAUUUAAUUCUCUGAAUGACCCGUUCAUAUUGAAUAAAUUGUUUUAUUAUUUUAUGAAUAAAACUUCGAUGCAUGAAUAAUAA